UCGUCUCGGUUUCUGUGCGAAAAUUUUUGUCAUCAUCCGUUUCGUUCGCUCGCGAUUGCCCGCAGUUUUCCGCAGCCUCCCCAGAGAAAAUUCUCCAAUUUUACUGGCCUUUUUCCGACCCAACUGGCCUCCCGCUUGGUGGUGGAUUGAUGUCCGAUUCCGAAACGUUGCGUUCGACGCGUCGCGAGUGAGUUUCCGGGCUGCUGACAAAUCCCAUCGAAGGAAAGCUGAUAACGAGAAAGUGUCAUCAUCCUUGAAUAAUACGGGCUACGCUUAGAAAAAAGAGGAAAAAGGGGAGGGCCGGAGAGUGAUGACACUGGAUGCUAGCGUUCUGCCAUCGGAGCUGGUCACAACCGCUCAACCGCUGGUCGGACUGUCCGGGUUGGACGUGCAGCGAAAUGCCACCCACAAGACGAUCUGGGAUUCGUUCAACAACAGUAAGAAACCGGAGAGCGAGGCGAUCCAGUAUAAGUUGCUUCCAUCGAACUAUGAGUUUCCGGUAUCCAAACCGAAGCGACAGUCCUACGAGUGGUACCAUCCGAAGGGGAUUCUGAAGCGGAAUUGGAUGCUGAAGCAUCUUCACGUUCUUCCAGCGGUGGUGGUUCUCUUUCAGGACUUGGAAUGGAACGAUCCCCAGUGGAGCGAAAAGCAGCGGGAUUGUGCUUCAAUGAUACAAUCGCUGAAGAAUUCCCUUCAAGGUCGACAUACCCGGCUGGCGGUGGUUCUGCUUCAAAAAGGCGCUGCGUUGCCCCAGGGGGAGGAUCUAUUGGCUUCCGAACGCGCAGCCCAUCUAACGAACAACUGUGACAUCAAUGCCAAAAUGUUGUUUGUGCUAACCCACAACGAUCACCUGAUGGGGCAGAUUCUGCGGUUGCAGUCCGCUUUUCUCGAACUUUCCCAAUCGUGCUACACGCAAAUUAUGAAGCAAAUCCGUUCCCACAAGGAUCAGCUUACCGAGACGCAUAAAAUGCUCAAAAUCAGGCAUCUCUUCAAGCUGGGCUUCAUCUCGGAACUGAAACUGGACCAGCAAAAUGCACUGAAGCACUACCGGCAAACGUACGCCAAUCUGGACGAGCUGCGAAUCGUGGAUACGAACUGUCUCGAAAUCAAAACCAUCGCCGGCUUCGUCAACUACAAGAUCUGCCGGUUGUACUUCAAGGUGAACGCCCCGAAGGACGCGAUUUCCCACUUCAAGAAUCACAUCAACAAGUACCGCAGCCGGGCGGGCUUCAAGGAGCUGCUGUUCGAGCACUACGCCUGGUUGAGCGUCCAGUACAGUGCAUUCGGGGAACUGUUUUGCGACGCGGUCAAAAAUGGCCUGGCACCGUUGCAGACGCAGCAUCCGGGAAUUUACUUCCACAAAGCAGCGGAAUACAUCGGCAAGCGGAAGGAAGCCUUCCUGCAGUGUGCGGCUUUGGGACCGACGGCGGCGGCGAUCCCGGGAAGUGAUGGACAGCCGGGAGCGAGCGGACAGCCAUCCUCCGCCAACCCAAACUCAGCGCUGUACAGUGACUUCUUCGGUAUCCGGGGCACGAAAACCGGCGAACCCGUAUCGGAGCAGCAAAUCAUCUGCCUGGUGCAGGAGAUGGAAAGAUCCCACAACCAUUCGGCGGCCGUCAUCAUCCUACUGGGGCAGGCGAUGGCCCAGUACAAGGUCUACAAAUGCCUACGCUUCCGCAAGAAGCUAGCCAUCGACAUGGCCGAAGAGUACCUAAAAAGUGGCGAUCACUCGAAAGCCCUCACCCUGUACUCGCUGAUGUUGUCCGACUACCGAGUGGACAAGUGGUACACGAUAUUCACGGAAGUCCUGCUGAAAACCCUACGCUCCGCCUAUCUCUCCGCUUCGGUGCCGCAUUUUGUGGAGUGUAGCAUCGAGACCCUGUCGCCGCGGAUCGCCAUGGACAAGGCGGAACGGAUCCUGAUUCUGGAGAAUAUCUGGAAGGUCUUCCACAACGUGUCGCCGGUGUCCAGCAGUCAGAUAGCUCCGGAGCUGUCGGCCAGCUGGCAAACGGCCCUGUCUUCCUUCAGCAGUCCUAUCAAACUAGAUCUCGACCGCUUGAACGAUUUGCUGGAGUGCAAGAUCACGUUCGAUCAGCGUCAGAUCAAAAACGACGAAAAACUAUGCCUGCAGCUGUAUAUCCGAUCCAUCGUGGAAGUUCCUUUAAAGUUGAAGAAUUUCUCCGUCCUCUUGACGGAUCUCAAAUCCAGCUCGGUUCGCGUUCCGGCCAUUCAGUACUGCGAGUACGCUCCAAUUGAAGCGUCGUCCGAGGAGAACACACUCAAACCGAUCGAGGAGUUUAUUCUGGAACCCCACAAAUGCUAUCGGAUCGUAUUCGUCGGCGAGCGGUAUCAAUUCAUGGAGAAUGUGGACGUCCACAUCUUCCGGCUGGAAGUGCAGAUGGGUUCGGAACGAACCUAUGCGGUGCUCUCGCUACGGGAAAAGCUAAACGUUCAGAGGGUGUUCAAAAACUACAAUCCCCAUCGGGACUGCAUGGAGCAGAUCGCUGUGAUUAGUUCGUGUUAUAUUAUUCCAACGUUUCAUCUAGGGUCGCAAACUAAACAGAACAACCAGCCAAUGCUGACCAACGAGUUCUACCGAAUAACGACGAAGAUUUUGAACAAUUCGGAUCUCUGUCUGCAGAACGUCGGUGUCAGCAUAAGUGUUCCGCAAAAUCUACGAAGCAAUGUAUUCCUCACGACCGAUCUGACCAGCCCACUACAGAAGAUCAACUCCCAGGUGCAGAUCGACAUCGGCGAGCUUCAGAUGCAAUCGUCCAGCAGCGUUUCCUACUUCGUUACCAGCUUGAUCGAGGGCAACAUUGAACUGCGCCAGCGCUUGUACUACCAGACGGAGAAUCUUCACCAAACGAAAACGGCUCCGGCAGCGCACUCCGUGACGGAUUCCCCGUCCACUCCGAACAGCGAAAAGGAAGAUUUGGCCAAGCUGCUGGCCAGCGAUCGCACCGGCCAAAAGUAUACCAGCAGUCAUAACGUCAAGAUUGAGCAUCUGAACGAGGAACAGGUUCGGAAGAUUAAGGAGGACACGGUCGUGGUGCCGUGCGUGGAGGAAAUCAAACUGAGCGGCCGAUUCUACACGCUGAGCCGGCAACCGUUGGCGCGGGCGUACAAGAACGAGGAUUUCAUCCUGCGGGUCAACAUGGAGGUGAAGGCACCGGACGGGGUGGACGUGCUGGAGACGCAGUUUAUCAGUGAUCACAACAUCAUUGAGAAACCGUACAAGGGCCAGCAGCGUGUCGCCGGGACCAAGCUCCGCCAGGGCACCCGUUUCGAAGACCUUCGGCUGCUGAACUCCAUCAACUGCAGCCGGGAUUGGAUAAUGCAAAGCGAUUAUCUCAACAACGACGUCCACCUGACGUUCAGCCGUAGUCGGACGCCGGACCACGGUGCGUUGCAGGCCCCAUCGGCGGGGGCGGUUGCAAACCGUCAGCCGCCGGACGACCAAUUCAACCGGAGUUUGCUGGCCAAACUGCCCACCAAUGCCACGAUCAUCGGUAGCACUAAUGCCAACCUAACGAAUCAGUUGAAUCUUCCACUAACGAGUUCAUCCCAAUCUCUCAAUGCUGCUACUUCGGGAUCUUCUCCGGUGCCUCCGGCUUGUCCUUCACAAACGACAGGUGCUGCAAUGACUUCGUCGACGGGUAGUGCAGACGAUUUCAAGGUGAAACCAUUGACUAGUGGUUCUGGCCCCGGGGGCGACCAGCAACAGAAGGAGGAUUUUACCAAACAUCUAGCACAGGUGAAGAACAUCUACAACCAUACUAUCGACUGUGUUCAACUGACCAACAACGAGCGGAACGGGUUCAUCAACGCUGCGUUGUGUACUCAAUCAGCUACUCCUUCGGUAACGGUACCCGCCAAAGCACGUUCCGUGGAACCCAGUGGAACGGACCAGUCCGGUGCAGUCAAGGAGAAGAUGGUGAUCUUCGGGGUGUACUGCAUUCGGUGGUGUCGCAGCAGUGCGCCCAGCAUGAUCAACGAGUCCAAAUUUGUGAUUAACGGGAUAGAAGUGAUAGAUCCUCCGCUGAACAUCUACUGCUAUCUGGAGGAGAAGAUGUACGUUCGAGUGCCGAUGACCCUCCGGGUCACGUUGAAGAACCCGACGCGGAAAAUUGUUCACCUGCAAGCACUGUUGAACAGCUCCGAUAGCUUCAUGUUCUCCGGUCAUCGGCAGUUGAACGUCACCAUCUUUGCCUUUUCGUCGUACGAGCUGCUGUACAAUCUGUACCCCCUGAAGGCCGGUUGGCAGCCACUGCCGGAGCUGCAACUGGACUAUGUCUACCACGGAAACGCGGGAACUGCGAUGGUCAACAACAGUGGCGGUGUCCAGCAAUCCGGGAAGCGUACUCCGGUGCCAGGUGCCGGUUCGAUGGUGGCCAGUACGAACACCUCCGGUGGCGAUUCGGUCGGUAAUACUCAACCCCAGCAAGCUGGUACCGAAGCAGAGGACACGUCCGACGAAAGUCUGGAAGCACAGCUCAAAGCCGAACUGGACUCGCUGGUCAAGCGGUGGAUGCCCAAAAUGGUUUUUAUUCAUCCUCCAGCGCGGAAAUAGGUAAGUAGGUAAUAGCAAUCUAACGUCGAAAGAGCCUUAGCCGAUUCGAGCGAAAGUUAUUACAAAAGUCAAACCCGUUGGGCGUUGGAUUGGGCGCGAUAAACGCUGUACGGCGAUUGUUUCCCUUCCAUUUUCCAUUAGUUGUUCGAAAUUGAGUCGUUUGAUUGUAACAACUCGACGAUCGACGACGAGUUAGUAUAGUAGCGAAGACAUCAAAUCAAAAAGGCUGGCAACUCUGCCGGAAUCCAAGCGACAGAUACAGUAGCGUUGCGCUCGAGCGGAAGUGGAAGUACUGCAUAGAAAAAUGAGCAAAAACACAAACCUUUCUUCUGAGGUUGUAAUCUUUGCUAUCGUUCGAAGCAUUUAACGUUGAGCGGCAGAUGACGAGAAUGGAAGAGUUUUCAGUCUUCUUGAUAUGUUGUCUUCGAUAGUAGUAACACAACACAAUCUGUGCUAGUGAGUUAUUAUUACAAAAAAUGUAUUGAAAAUAGAAACAUGUCAUUCGACGAAACAUUCUGGUUCUCUGCGUUGCCUAACGUCUUGAGCCCGAGAUACUUUUCUAGAUAAGUUUACCACGUAGAGGUGACACACUGAGUUUUAAUUCAAUUAUUCCGCUCCGUAUUGCGAAUAGAUUUGUAGAUAUUAUGAAGGCAAAAAUAAUUGAUCCGUGCAGUGGAAGUUAUAGUUAGGAAUGGGACAUGCACGACUGAUCGAAGGACAGUGGUAGCUCGAUAUCUAUUAGCCUAAGUAAAUUGAGAAUGUGUAAUAUUAUUAUGGUAUAUAGGCAAGUUGGCAAUCGGCGACGCUAGUGGUUUUGAUGUUACAACAUCCGUAAAGUGUUGAUAGAAGUUGAAUGGAUACGAAGUUACAAUAUUAUUUAUUGAUUUGAA